AUGAUUUCCGAGGCCAUCACCUCGCUCAAGCACGACGACCACGGGUCGCUGCGCCAGGCGGUGCUGAAGUACGUGCAAGACACGUACUCGCUCACUCAACCUGGUUUCCGAGCGCUCUUCAACAAUGCGGUGCGCAAGGGGGUCGAGCAGGGCCGGUUUAGACAGCCCAAGGGCCCGCUGGGGCCGAUUUUGCUCGUGAACAAGGAUAAGAAGCCGGUGGCGUCAAAGACGAGAGCCGCCACCGCCGCUAAACGACCGCGGAGCUCGUCGAUGUCAAAGGCGUCGAAACCUAGCCGCACCACUACUCGCAAUAAUAAACCCGUGGCCACCCCUCGCCGAGCGCUGACGGGUAAGAUUAAGGACCAGUCGAAAUUGACCGAGAAAGUGAAGGCUAAGAGUGCCACUAAGCUGAAACUGCCGCCUAAGGCUAACGGCACCAAAGCCAAGGAACCUAAGGACGCGGCCAAGUCAAAGACUAAAGAUACCACCACUAAGGCUAAACCUACCAAGGCUAAGGCGAAGACGGCACCGAAGCUGAGCCGGCCCACGAAAGCGGCGUCAACGAGAAGGCUGACUCGGGUAUCUGCGUGA